AGCGAAGAUCGAAAAUCGAAUGCAGCUCAUAAUAAGGGCCAUUUAUUUUUAUAAAUUUUUAGAAGCUAUUGUAGAGGAUUCCUUAUUUCAAAAUGGGAACAAAAAGACCGGGAAGCAGUAUGGUGCCUGUGGCCCAAAACACGAAGCGUAGUAAAACCGAUUUAAUCGCUUUUACCAACCGGGAUAAAGCGUUAAUGGAGUCGGGUAUUAGACGCACAUCCAACUUAAUGGCGCCGAUCAUGUUGCUAGAAGGGCAUGAGGGAGAAAUAUUCACAACUGAAUUUCAUCCGGAUGGCGAUUUGCUGCUUUCUUCAGGUUUUGAUCGUCAAAUCUAUAUCUGGAAUGUGUAUGGAGAGUGCGAAAAUUUAAUGGUUAUGUCAGGUCACAGUGGUGCUGUGUUGGAGGCACACUUUUCGACAGAUGGCUCAAAUGUGUACACAUGUGCUACCGAUAAGACUGUUGCAGUAUGGGACAUUGUGACUGGACAGCGAGUGCGUCGGAUGAAAGGUCACACAACUUUUGUGAAUACCGUUCAUUGCACUCGACGAGGUGUACAAAUGUUAUGUUCGGGCUCAGAUGACCGAUUGAUAAAAAUAUGGGAUGCGCGCAAGAAAAAUGCGGUACAUACUCUGGAAUCGCCUUAUCAGGUGACAACAGUAUGCU